CAGGAGAGCUGCUGAGCCUAUUUCACAUCAGUCAGUGAUCCAGGAUAUACUGUACACCGAUUGGCCCAAAAACCCUCGAAUGAUCGGCUCGGAAGUUGAACUGAAUGAGUGGGUGAAUGAGUCCGUGAACAUUAUAGGAAAGACAAGAGGGUGAUUUUUGAGACUGUAUAAAAUGAAUCUGAACGAAACGAGAGCAAAUAACGUGAGCCAGCGUGUUAAUGUGACUGAAACCCGGGGAGAGUAGCCAAAGUCUGGAUACUGUGUCAAAGUUUGUUGCUGACUGGCCCUUUAGUGUGCAGGUGGACCCAGGCCAGAGAAGCAGUGAGGAUGGGAGGUGGAGGGCAGCUGACUGAGCCAGGAGAGCCGAUCAGCGGGCGAGCUGCUGGUGUCUACACCUGGGAGGAGGUGCAGAGCCACUGCAACCGGAAUGACCAGUGGCUGGUGAUUGACCGAAAGGUUUACAACAUCACACAGUGGACCAAAAGACACCCAGGAGGGAUUCGAGUCAUCAGCCACUAUGCUGGAGAGGAUGCCACGGAGGCAUUCACUGCUUUUCAUCCAGAUUUAAAGUUUGUGAAAAAGUUUCUGAAGCCGCUGCAGAUUGGAGAGCUGGCAGCGACAGAGCCCAGCCAGGACCGAAACAAAAAUGCAGCCAUCAUACAGGAUUUCCAUACUUUACGUGCGCAGGUGGAGAGUGAGGGUUUAUUUCAAGCCCGGCCUUUGUUCUUCUGCCUCCACCUGGGACACAUCCUUCUGCUGGAGGCCCUCGCCUGGCUGAUCCUCUGGGUCUGGGGAACCAGCUGGACUCUGACCUUACUGAGCGCCGUUAUGCUAGCAACUGCUCAGUUGCAGGCUGGAUGGCUGCAGCAUGACUUUGGCCACCUGUCUGUCUUCAAGAAGUCCAGGUGGAAUCACUUGGUGCACAAGUUUGUCAUUGGUCAUUUAAAGGGAGCGUCUGCCAACUGGUGGAAUCACCGGCAUUUCCAGCAUCACGCUAAACCCAACAUCUUCAGUAAGGACCCUGAUGUCAACAUGUUGCACGUCUUCGUAGUUGGAGCAACUCAACCAGUGGAGUAUGGCAUAAAAAAGAUCAAAAAUAUGCCCUAUCACCACCAACACAAGUACUUCUUUCUCAUUGGACCACCGCUUCUCAUUCCAGUUUACUUCCACAUUCAAAUAAUACACACCAUGAUUUCCCGCCGUGACUGGGUGGAUCUGGCUUGGUCUUCGUCUUACUACCUACGCUACCUGUGCUGUUCUAUACCCAUGUUUGGCCUGUUUGGCUCAGUGGUGUUCAUCAGCCUUGUCAGGUUUUUGGAGAGUCACGGGUUUGUGUGGGUGACUCAGAUGAGUCAUCUGCCCAUGGACAUUGACCACGAGAAGAACCAGGACUGGCUGUCCAUGCAGUUACAAGCCACCUGUAAUAUAAAGCAGUCCCUCUUCAACGACUGGUUCAGCGGACACCUCAACUUUCAAAUCGAACACCAGUGAGUGAGUGGUUGAGUCUAAGGAGAACAUGUUUAUCAUU